UCACAGAUGGACAACCUGACAUUUAGAUACAGCGUACUCUUAGUGGAAGGACUGAAUGUUACACAUCAGUACAGCUAUCUUGCAUUUUUCAUCAUUUUGAUGGCUUACAUAUUUAUAAUCAUAUCUAACCUUUGGAUUUUGAUACAAAUCUCAGCGGAAAAAGGUUUACACCAGCCCAUGUACAUGGUUUAUUGCAACUUGCCACUAAAAGAUGUUAUAGGAACAACUGUUAUUGUGCCACGUUUGCUGAGGGAUUUUUUAGCAGACCCCUCUGAGCGCUACAUCACAUAUGUGGAGUGUGUUAUCCAAGCUUUUUUUGUACAUGUGAAUGGAACAACAUCUCAUACUAUUCUAAUGAUCAUGGCCUUUGACAGAUAUGUUGCCAUAUGCAAUCCAUUGCGAUACUCAAAUAUAAUGAGCAAUAAUAUGGUGGUAAAACUGUCGGCAGGAGCCUGGGGUGCUGCAGUAGUGCUGGUGGGAAUUCUGAUCGGCCUCAGUGUGCGUCUCUCUCACUGCAGGUCUGUGAUUCAAAACCACAUGUGUGACAAUGCUUCGCUAUUUAAACUGUCCUGCGAAAACACAAUGAUUAAUAAUGUAUAUGGAUUAACUUUUACUGUGGUUUUACUUGUCUCUUCAAUGGGGAGUGUUGUAUUAACUUAUCUCAGAAUUGUAAUUAUCUGCUUAACCGGCAAGAACAAAGCAACAAACAAAAAAGCCAUAAAAACCUGCUGUACUCACUUGACAAUUUACUCAAUCAUGCUGGUCUCUGGAUUUGUUUCAAUUUUUCUCCAUCGUGUUUCUGAAUACUCUGACAAUAGAAGAAUAGCAAGUAUAGUUUUUAAUGUUGUACCACCAGGAUUGAAUCCUGUAAUAUAUGGCUUACAAGUCAAGGAAAUAAGACAAAAGGUUUUUAAGUUUUUAAAAAAAUAA